AUGUCUGGUCCUCCUCUUCGAUUAGCGGCAGUCAGCGACAUCCAGGGGGAUUGGGACUCGUUGGCGGCUAUUGCGGCCGAGCAGCACGCCUCAUACAUUGUUCACACUGGCAAUUUCGGCUUCUGGAACCCCACCACCGCUGAAAGAGGAGCAGAUUUAGCAUAUUUGAAACAGAUUGUGGCGUUUCUGGCGAUCUUGCCUCGAUCCUUGGUCGCGGAACUAAAUGAUUUAUCGGUCAUUAACGGGAAUGCCAGUUUGGGGCCCGAUAUCGACGGUGAAAAGGCUAUAACCGAGGCCUAUCAGAAUGUUCUCCGUAAACCCAACAUGCUCUCGCACAUGGACGCUUAUUUGGCGGGCACUAAGCAGCUUCCAUGUCCCGUAUACACCAUCAUUGGACCUUUAGAUGAUCCAGCCAUCGUGGAGAAGUUUUUGUUAGGGGUUUAUCAUGUUCCCAAUUUGUACAUAGUUGACCACAAAAGGGCCUAUACGCUCACAGGAGAGGGUCCGAAUAUCCGCAUAUACGGUCUUGGCGGCAACUUAAAGGUCCACAGCUUGUUUGAUAGCGGUAGCUUGGAUACUGAGCUAGAAACAGCAAGUGACUCUGAUGAUAGUGACUCACUGGAGGUCCCCAUCAAAAGUGGAGAUUUGUGUGGCCGCACAGGCGACUUGUGGGUUACGCUUUUGCAGGUUGCACGGCUCUACUUGAACGCCCAUAAGGAGAAACCUCUGGAGCGGACGGUCAACAUUUUCUUGACGCAUCUGCCUGUGGUGAAGACUCCACUUCUUGAGCAUUUGGCCAUUAUUACUGGUGCAGACGUUACCGUGAGUCAGGGCCUCCACUUCCGGUAUCCUGUCCUGGGAAAUGGAAUGAGUUUCGUAGAUAGCAUGGGUGGAUCUGCUGGAUACAUCGAGAACUACCGGUCAAAGUUCUCCCGGUUGCGCAUGAUUCUCGGGGAGUUAUGGUUAGCCAUCAAGAACGACGUCUCCAAGCUUUUAGAAGACGAUUCUGAGUUGCGUCAGCUCAUCGAACUUGGACUUAGUCUUUUCGAUAAGAUCCCUGUGACCAUCAGUGAGUCUAUUGACAAGAUCGUGAAAUUGUCAUUGGAAGAGACAGAUGAAGACGACGAAGAGAAUAUGGAGAUCUCCAAGUUGACCUUGAAGAAAAUCAACGACAUGUACUUUUCAGCCUACUACAAGCUCUGGCACUUCAAUCUCUGCGAUCACUUAAUUACAGACGACUUGGAACCUGAAGAUCUGGACUCAAGCGACCAUGAUGGCCCUCCCGAAUUCAACGUGAUGGUUUUUAGUCUAGAUCGGAAGGGAUACUUCAGGUUAGUGCAUUGCAACAGCCAGGGAUUCAACUUUCUGACUAUUCGUGAUAUUCCAGAGGAAGAAGACGACGACGAGCAAUUGGAAGAUGAGGAUGAAUCUGAAGAAAUUUCCUCUGAUAAACAAGAUGAAAGUUUGCGAAGAACCAAGGAACUCCUCAACAGCACUUACAAGGACUACAGAGCUCGUGGUCGGGGUCGCGGCCGAGGACGAUCGAGAGGCGGCGUGAAGCGGGGACGUUCUACACGAGCCGUUUAG